CUAAGAUAAGCAAAAAAAAAAAAAAAAAAAAAGAAAGAAAAAAUGCCCCCCUAUCCCAAUAAACAAAGCAACAUGGUUCUUUUUGGACUGAAUGUUUGGUCAUGAAAGUUUGAAUGUUUGGUAUGAAGUUACGUUUCCAACAAGCUUGUUCUAUAAGGUGUCUGUUAAAUGAGAGGAGAUUUGAAAAUGACCAGCUUUGGGUCACACGAUUCUACUAAGACGGUUUGUCAGCAGAACAAAUUAAAGUGAAGCUCUUAAAAUGAAACAGGAGUCUCCCAAAUAAUGAGCUAUUUUAAGCAAACUUUAGUGAUGGUCAGUGGUGACGUGACUGGCUCAUAAUGUUGCUUCCACAUUUGCUGCCUGUGUCAGGGAAUGAAUGGUAUGCUCUGCCAAUUACUGACAGUAUAUAAAGGUCCAUGGGGAGAAGACACACACACUUCAGAAACAGCCUCUUGCAGUCCACCUGAACCCUCUUGCCUUGACAACAUGUGUUGUAACUACUACGGCAACUCCUGUGGCUAUGGCUGUGGAAAGAGCUAUAGCUGUGGGUUCAGCCCCUAUUAUGGCUGUGGAUAUGGAAGUAGAUACGGCUGUGGAUACGGCUCGGGAUACGGCUGUGGAUAUGGGACAGGAUAUGGCUGUGGAUUUAGCCCCUAUUAUGGCUGUGGUUAUGGAACCAGAUAUGGCUGUGGAUAUGGCUCUGGCUAUAGCAGCUACUGGCCAGUUUGCUACAGGAGAUGUUAUUCUUGCUGCUAGAACAUCACCCUCUUAGCCUAGCCUGCUUCUGAAAUGAGGAAUCUAAAAAUAAUACUGCUUUGAGGAUCUGUAACCCAUGAUUUGUACUUGCAAGAAAUUGUAUGUGUGACAGAGGCUUUGAUCUCCAACUACCCAUUUUUAGAUUGACAUGCUUGAGGUCUGAAGUUCAAUGGUGAUAUCAUCUGACUCUUCCAAAUGUUAGCCUUUACUCCCUAAUCUCUGAGUCUCUGUUAUGACUGUGUUAAUGAUCCUAACAUUCUAAAGCUUGAAU